AAAAAAGAGCUUCAGGAACUGACGUAACAGCACCUUGAUCUUUCAAUCAAAACAGUCUUCAUUUCUGGGACCCAUGACGGCGCAUCUCUGAAUAGGAUCGGACCUGCAAAACAAAGAGCCAUUCUGCUUUUCACUUGCUUCUUUUCUUUCCUUUUUUGUAUUUUUUUAAAUGUUGUUCGAGAACUAGUAUUCUCUCCAUCAGCAAGAAAGAAACGCACCCGGGAGUGCUGAAGACGGGCGUUUUGAAAGCCUGAGCGAUCCAUCGCUUCUCAUUGCAGGAAGACUCCUACGUGAAAGAAAAAAGGGGGCAGUGUAUACAUAUUUUAAGGGGUGGGAAAAAACACAAGUCUUCAGGUGCCAUGGCCGGCUGCAGGGAGCAGAGACGUGCCAUUUGGGUGCUGCUUGUGGCGUCCUGGUCACUGGCGUGGAUUCAAGCUCUGCCUUUCAGAGAGGAUGAAUACCCAGGAGAUACCAGCACCAUUGCAGCAAAUGUGGGUCAGACCACAAUGGCUGAGACACAUGGCAUGGAUAGCAAAACAUCAGGCAUUCCAUUACCACCAGAAUCCUACAGAGAACUGCUUCACAGUGCCCUGUUGAAGAAAGACUUCCGUGGGCAACAGAAGUUUUUUGCAGGAACCACUAUGAACCCUACGCAGGCAGUACCAGUGUACCAGGGGUCUGAACUUCCACCUAUGACUACUGAUGUUGCUGGUAUCCUGACUACAGCUGUGAUGUCACCUGUGGCCAACUCUGACAAGAAGUCCUCUGAGACAGCCUUUGCAACCACCACAGCCCAGUUCCUCACCACACCCACCUUAACGACUGCGGCCCCUGCCAAAAAUUCUGGGAAAGAAGUUGGUAGAAGAACACUGGGAACUAUAUCCCACAAUCAGAAGGGCAAAGCAAUGACAACUGUUGCCCCAGGAGCAGGUCUGCCACCAGAGGCCCGCAUUGCCCUGACAACAUCUCUUCCUGAAGGGGAAGAAGAGACCACUACAACACUAAUAACAACCACUACCAUAACAACAGUUCACACACCAGUUUUGUGCAACAGCAACUUCAGUGAUGUAGAAGGUUAUGUGGAAUCGCCUGAAUACUCUGGAUCGCUGUUUUAUGGAGGGCUGGACUGCACUUAUACAAUCAGUGUUUAUACUGGAUAUGGGAUCGAACUUCAGGUCAAAAGUCUGAACCUUUCUAAAGAUGAUUCAUUGACAGUGGAGGGCCUUGGAGGUGAAGAACCUGUAGUUCUGGCCAAUGAGUCACUGAUGGUGGAAGGUCAGGUGAUCCGCAGCUUGACCAAUCAGGUCUUGAUCCACUUCCAGAGCUACCAGUCAACAUCUCCCAGUGUGUUUAAGUUUCACUACCAAGCUUAUCUGCUGAGCUGCGGUUUCCCGCAGCGUCCCCUUAAUGGAGAUGUGUCUGUCAGUGACCUACACCCAGGUGGAUCAGCACAGUUCCAGUGUGACCCUGGAUACAAGAUUGAAGGAAUGGACACACUCACUUGCCUGAAUAUCAGCCGACCACGGUGGAGUGGACAGGAACCACAGUGUGUGGCUUCCUGUGGUGGUACUGUCCGCAAUGCUACCUUGGGCCGUAUCCUGUCACCAGAUCCAAGUGGUCACCGGGGCAACAAUCUGACAUGUUACUGGCUGAUUGAGGCACCAGAGGGGCAGAAGUUGCAUUUACACUUUGAGAGGGUCUCUCUGGAUGAAGACAAUGACAGGUUGUUAAUACGAAGUGGAGGCAGCCAGCUUUCUCCUAUUCUUUAUGACUCCGACAUUGAUGAUGUGCCAGAGAGGGGUAUUCUAAGUGAUUCCCAGUCUCUUUACAUCCAACUUAUAUCUGAGAAUUCAGGUGUCCCGCUCAUUCUGUCUCUCAGAUAUGAAGCUUUUGAGAAUGACCGCUGCUAUGAACCAUUCCUGGCACAUGGGAACUUCACCACUUCGGACCUUCUGUACCGUGUAGGUACACUGGUAGAAUUUGCCUGCAGCUCUGGUUAUGUCUUGGAGCAGGGUCCAACUGUGAUAGAAUGCAUCAACCCAGAAAACCCACACUGGAAUGAGAGUGAGCCAGUCUGUAAAGCUUUGUGUGGUGGUGAGAUCUCAGAACACACUGGAGUGGUCCUGUCACCUGACUGGCCUCAGAACUAUGCCAAAGGACAAGACUGUGUUUGGGAAAUUCAUGUCAAUGAAGACAAACGUGUCAUGCUGGAUAUAGAAAUCCUGAAUAUUCGUAAGACUGACAGCUUGACAGUGUAUGAUGGGGAUGACCUCACUGCCCGCAUUCUCGGACAGUACAUGGGUGUUCAUCAGCGCCUGCAGCUGUACUCCUCAGCAGCCGAUGUCGCAAUUCAGUUCCAGUCUGAUGCAAAUGAUCCAUUCUUUGGCAUGAGCCAGGGGUUCAUCAUACAUUUCAAAGAGGUGGUCCGCAAUGAUACGUGUCCUGAUCUGCAAGAGAUCCAGUUUGGGCGGAAAACCCCCUCUCACCCUGAUCUCAUUCGUGGUACAGUGGUGACCUAUCAGUGUGACCCAGGCUAUGACAUCAUUGGUUCUGACAUCAUCACAUGCCAGUGGGAUCUAUCAUGGAGUAACACCCCACCAACCUGUGAGAAAAUCCUGUACUGUGCCGACCCUGGUGAGAUUACAAAUGGACUACGUAUGGUGUCUGACCACCGCUUUCCCAUCGGCUCACAGGUUCAAUACUCAUGCAAUGAGGGCUACACAAUCGAAGGCAGCAGUGCUCUGACAUGCUACAACAGGGACACGGGCACCCCCAAAUGGAGUGACAGAGUACCAAAAUGUGUCUUCCAGUAUAGGCCUUGUCCAAAUCCUGGUGUCCCUGACCAUGGAUACCAGACAUUGUACAAACGUCAUUACCAGCCAGGAGAAUCUCUUCGCUUCUUCUGCUAUGAGGGCUUUGAACUGAUUGGUGAGGUCACUAUCACCUGUUUGCCAGGAUAUCCCUCACAAUGGAACAGUUCUCCACCAUUCUGUAAAGUUGCAUAUGAGGAGCUCCUUGAUGACAGGAAACUUGAAGUUACGAAGACAACAGAUCCCUCUCACCAGAUGGAAGGCGGGAACAUUGCACUGGCAAUUUUUCUACCAGUCACCCUCAUCAUUCUUCUGAUUGGUGGAAUUUACCUCUACUAUACUAAGUUGCAAGGAAAAACUUUCUUUGGCUUUUCAUUUGCCAACUCCCAUUCCUACAGUCCUAUCACAGUGGAGUCUGAUUUCAAUAACCCACUGUUCGAGGCUGGGGACACAAGAGAGUAUGAAGUAUCUAUCUGAUAAGGGGACAACAGACCCUCAAGAGGAAGAGGAGGAUAAAGAGGAUGCAUCAGCAAGUUGUUUCCUGCCAAUGAUGUUUUGAUUCAGUUUCAGAGACUCACCCUUUAAUCUUGUGACCCUUGUCCUUUGGCCUACGCUCCCAUCGCAUACACCUUGUUCCCACGUCUGCUUUAUAACCCUGACCUUACAUCACAGGUCACAUCUUUUUAUCCCUUUGUUCUUAUUAGUGCCAAUACCUGUUGAAUGUGUUUGGGGCAGCCAUUUCUCUGCAUGGGUUGGGGGGGGAAGCAGAGGUGAAAUGGAAGCAGCAAGACCUCUUUGUAAAUUAUGAAAUAUGCUAAUUUUAAUAGAGGAUUAAUAAUAUCCUAAAAGCUGCUGCCCCUGUCUUUUUUGAACCAGCAUUAAUAGUGCCAAUGUAAUUCUGCUUUGUUCGCAACAGAGUUUUUGUGCUAUAAGCAUUCAACCAGAGAGAAAGAGCAAUAUGCACCUCCUACCCUUCCUCACCUUCCUACAAGGUGAACGUCACUUUUCCUGAACACAUGACUGCUCUUUCAUGGCUUUCAUCAACUGUGUAAAUUUGUAAAUUAGUCAACCAAUCAUAUAAGCUAACCCAUGUGACAUCUAUUUCCCAGGUUUGGAGGUCUGAAACAAAUCAUGAAAAAAAAAACUGUCUUUGUGGCCAAAAAUGGACAAAACAUGUAUUACAUAAGUUGCUGAAAUAAUUCAAAAGCCUAAUAAUAGCAUGACCUUGUAUCAAACACUUGUUUUCCAUCCUCUUGACAUACACAUUUAAUGCAGUAUUUCGAGACUAUAUUAUUUCUAGUUGGGUAAAACAUCUUUAUUUGUUGGGAUAAACAAGCCUGGUAAUGUGAUAGCCUUGAUGUUAGUGUGGAUGAAGCGGGGUUAUUGGAGAAUGAACUGGUGAGCUGUGUACAGAAGCAGUGGAUUUGAGUUGAUUUUGUUUCCAGAUGAUGAAACCAUACUAGGAGUUCAAGCAGUUUGUAUAAAAAGCAGAUAGGGCUGAAAGAAAAAAUAAAAAACGUCAUUCAAAUAUAUUGGACACGGGAUCUCUCAGUUCCUAGUACUUUCAGUUGUUCCACUAAUCUGUGUUGAUCAAACUGCCUUCUGAAACUCAGGGCCAUUAUCAAAAGGAGAGUAUUUUUUUUUAGAACUUUGUCUUAGACUGUUCCAGAAGAAACAACUACCUGUUAUCAUGCGGUAACUUAGGAGUUGGUUGGCUAUUUUGGAGCUGCAAUAUGUUAAUAGAGGUUCUGAGAUCCAAACCUACAUUUACAUGACAUAAUAGACGUUGUGCCAUGAUUCUUCUUCUUAUGAAUUCUAAAAAAGAACCUACUUGUUUCCGUACCUACGAUCAUGUUUACUUAGUGAGAUCAGUUUUAAAGUUAGAUAGAUAUUAUCUGAGAUUAGACUGCAGAAUUCAAGUAAUGGAUAUAUUUGUCAGAUUUUAAGAGUUGCAUUAGGUAGUUGCUACCCUGUGGGAUCAUGGGAGAAGAGAUGCACUGCCUAUUAUCGGUUAUACAAUUGUUGUGCUACUUUGACAAACCUGGUUGGCUACUAAUACAGCAGUGAUACUGUACUGGAUCUAGGACUAUUGAACGAAAGU